AGAGAAAAGCGAGGAAGGAAGAGAGAGAGGAGAGAGAGAGAGAGAGAAGAAGAGGAGGGGAGCAUGAAAAAGUGAGUGAGCGAUCAAGGAAAAGAGAGCAAGGGAGCGAGGGAGAGAGAGAGCGAGCACUCUGAAUUGUGAGUGGCUUACGACACUCAGUGAACAGAAGGUGCUUCUGCAUGCGCUGUCAGUGUACAGCUCUGCUGCAAGGGAUUGCGCGCUCCUUUGCUUCCCACAUUUACCGCCCCUGCCUGCCUGCCUACCAGUACCAGCCUUCAGCAGCCUCUUCCAGCUGGCGGAAAAAAACACCCGGAGAGCACGGGAGUGAACGAAACUGCAAGCCACAGGGGAUGCAAGCGGCUUCUUAUCCGAGAUGAGCCACUCUGAUGACAAGGAAUACUGAUACACAAGAAACCAGUGAAGAGGGUUCACCUUUUUACAUCCUUUUUCUCGGUGCCUCCGUCACUGAAAUUAUAAUUACUCGCUUGAAUGGAUUUAAACCCUACAAGUCAUUUAUUGCCUCAAGAGAUGGACGAUAAUAUGUGUUGACAGAUCUGCUGAAACUUAAGAAGGAAGGGGAGGAGAAAAGAGCAAGCCAGAUAUUUAAAAGAUUUUGCCUUGGUCUUUUUUUUUUCUUUCUCUGGUUGUCUCCUCUCCCCUCUGAUCAUUGCAGCAGAGGACUGCGGAGGAGCAAAAGAGACAGAGCUCAUGCAUGCAGACAGGGGAACUUGCACUUCCUACCAUCUCGCUGAAAGCUACUUGGAUUCCUUCUCUUUCUGGCUCUUUCACUUGAGGAGAACUAAGACAUUGUAAGCCUGCCAAGGAUCUGGUGUCCACUGAAAAGGGAGAAGGGAGGGGGGGAGAAUUUGUACCACAGUGGGGUCUUUUUUAGAUUCGCACAUAAUUAGUGUUGGGGCACAAAGCGAGACGCUGAAUGGAGAUUGUCAGCUUUUGGAUAGGGGUGAGUAGGAACCUUUUCAAAUAGGAUCGAUCAAUGAGGACAAAUUUUUCUGCCUCUCUGCUCUCCACCCAGUGCUUCAUAUCUAACGUAGGCAGAGAGGUUUGCUCUUUUUCCCUUUCAUUUUCAACAAGGGGUUACUAAAUAACAGAAAAGCAGCUAAAUUCCAAAAACGACACAUAUUAAUACAUUAUAGAAAUAUGAUGCAAUAAAUAUGGUGUGAUAAGUAAAAGAAAACAAUAUCCAGAGUGGUUCAAUGGACAUUUUCUCAGUGGCAUCCCUGGAUAUUUAUGCUAAUGGAUUUCCUUUUAAUUGGACUGUACUUAAAGUGGCCACUGAAGAAGCCCCCUGGGUUGAUACUGUGUGUAUUGGGCAUUUUUUUGAGAACGGUUCCCUUGGUGGAGGGGGUUUGUCCAAGGCUGUGCCGCUGCGACAGCAAGCUGCUGUACUGCGAGGGGCUCAACCUCACAGACAUUCCCCACAAUCUGAGCAGCGCCAUGGGCCUGUCCAUGAGAGAGAACAACUUGACCGAGCUGCGUGAAGGCCAACUGGCUGGUCUGUCACAGCUCACCUGGCUCUACCUAGAUCACAACAACAUUGACAUUGUAGAGGAGGGCGCAUUUGACAGGCUAAGACGGGUCAAGGAGUUAGACCUCAGCAGCAACAGGAUUGAGAAUCUGCCAAAUGGUACCUUUAGGCCCCUCCCAAACCUGCGUAUCCUGGACCUCUCAUACAACAGGCUGCAGGCACUCGAGCCUGACUUGUUUCACGGCCUUAGAAAGCUCACCAAUUUGCAUUUGCGCUACAAUGCUCUAAAAUUUGUGCCAGUGCGGAUUUUUCAAGACUGCCGGAGCAUGCAGUUCCUGGACUUGGGAUACAACCAACUGCAGAGUUUGGCAAGAAACUCCUUUGCUGGCCUCUUCAAGUUGACUGAGUUGCAUCUUGAGCACAAUGAGCUAGUGAAAGUCAACCUAGCCCACUUCCCUCGCCUCAUCUCUUUACGUACUCUGUACAUGCACAACAAUCGAGCCACUAUUGUUGUCAAUACCCUGGAAUGGACAUGGCAUUUUUUAGAGAAGAUUGACUUGUCAGCCAAUGAAAUCGAGUACAUCGAGCCACAUGUUUUUGAGAGUUCACCCAACCUGAAGGUUCUGAUGCUGGACUCCAAUCGCUUGACCUCUGUGGACCAGCGCAUCCUGGAUUCCUGGUCAUCUCUGGACAGUAUUACCCUGGCAGGGAAUGACUGGGAGUGUAGUCGCAACGUGUGUGCCUUGGCCUCUUGGCUGAGUGCCUUCCGAGGCCAGCGUGACAAUUCCCUGCUGUGUUCAAGCCCCGACACCGCACAGGGUGAGGAUGUGUUGGAUGCUGUCUAUGCUUUUCAGCUAUGUGAAGAUCCCCCAAUGGAGGUAACUACAGCAGGCCUGUAUGCCUCAACAAGGGAUCUGGCCCAGGGUGGAUCUGUUUUCCUGGGCCCAUUUACUCCCAACCCUUACGAGGGUGAUGGUAGUGAGGUGGUCACCAGUUCAUUCACUGUCACGGUGGGCCACGAUGACCUGGAGAGCACCAUGCAGAUCCACAAGGUGGUGACUGGCACCAUGGCACUCAUCUUUUCCUUUCUCAUCAUAGUGCUCAUGUUGUAUGUGGCGUGGAAGUGCUUUCCAGCCGGAAUAAGACAGCUGAGGCAGUGCUUCAGCAGUCAGCGCCGCAAGCAGAAGCAAAAGCAAAGCAUGCAGCAGAUGGCUACAAUUUCUACGCCGGAGUACUAUGUUGACUAUAAGCCGAACCACAUUGAGGGAGCACUGGUAAUCAUCAAUGAAUAUGGCUCUUGCACUUGCCAACAACAACCUUCUCGGGAAUGUGAGGUGUGACCCUGCUGUGUGAGUGCGUCUUUACCUGUGAUUAUCUGGAUAUACAGUAAAUCCCUUUUUUUUGGAUACACUGGGGAUUGGACAGAUGGAUAAAGGGAUCUUUUGGACUCUUUUUUUACACAGCAUCUCACUGUGAUGUGGAAGGAGUGUGCUUUAUGCAGCAGACUAUUUUGCGGUGGAUUUACUGCUAUUCCUAUCUACUGCUGAUCUGACGCCACGGGGCAUAAUGGGCACCUGACUCUUGGACCUGAUGAUGUUCUACAAAAACACAGAGAGGAAUACAUUGUGGGCACGGAGGCUUUUCUCUCAAGGGUGGAUAUUUGAGCUUUAAUGUGUCUUUCUACUUCAGGACAUUUAAUUAUUGUUUGAAAUGAACUGGGGACACACAAAAGAAGAAAAAAAAGAGAGGAAAAAAACCAAACCAUUUGUAUUAUGGUUCACACAAUAUUUGACAAGCAUUUAAAAUAUAAAAAAAACUGUUUAAGUUGGAUUCAAAUGUAAAAAUAAAGUCUGUGUAAAAUAUGUUCAAAGAAGAAGCGCAAGCGUGGAGAAAAAAUGAUACAAGAUAAUCUAUUUCUUUUGUAAACUACAAAAAAUGUUUAAAUAAAUGAAUUGCUAUCCACAGUAAACUCAUUUGUACGUGAGAAGCUGUCAGAAAGGGUGAAUGACAAUAGAUUCAGUCUAUCCGUGGCCAUAUCUCUGCAGUGUAACGAACCAAAAAAAAAAAGAUAUACAAAAAAAAUGAAGGGGCAGAGGGAUAUCUGCAUCUCAUCUUUAGUGUAAAACUCAUAGUCUGAAUUUUAGAUCUGUUCUCUGUUUUAACUUUCAUAUUUGUUGUUUUAUCAUUCACUGUGUGGGCUAUUAUCAGUGUAAUUUCUUUACCCCUUUCCAUUGCUUAUGGGAGAAUAGAUUUAAAUGAUCUAUUAAUUUUUCCGUUGGUUAGCAUAUUUUCAUACUAUUAUAUCCGUAUUUGUGUACCAUCCAAGUAAAGAAAGCAGAGUGUCAAAGAUCUAAAGCUAUGCCUCUCAUUGCCUCUCAAUCUUUGGCUUUCACAGGGGGGGGGAGGGGGGGGGGGUAAGCCUCCUUUCACUGAACCAAGCACACUAAAGACAAACAUUGAAAUAAUGCAUACUUCAAUAAAAAUACAAUUUCAGAUUGUAUGAGAAUCGUUGAAGAAAUUAUCCAGCAGCUUAAAGGAAAUUUGCACAUACGAUAUCCUUCACUGUGUUUUUAUGUGAUGUAAUAUGUUUGUUGAAUACAAGGCCAUUCUGAGGUGUAUAUAUAUCCUUCUUCCUCUGGUGUUUAUUGUGUAAUUAGUGCACUGACAGAUGUUGUGUUUCAUGGGUCUUCUGACAUGAAUAGUACGUUGUGUGUGUGUGUGAAAGGGGGGAACAGUAAGAGUGAGAUGGAGCAUCAAGACGACUGCAGAAAGAGGGAACAGACUGCUCUCUAGUGUGCAUAUUCUCAUACUGUGGCUGCGUUUUACCUAUUGUGCACCAUUAUCUGCAGACUUUCACAGCAGGAGAAUCAUAAAUAUUCUGAAAUUGCAGCAGCUUUUCUGAAAAAAAAUGCAUCAAUUUGCAACCAUUUCUUUUGUGUUAUUCUGAGUUAAAUUAAGAUAAUGUUUACAACUUGUAAGUCAGCAGGAAUAAAAACAUGUUUUAAAGA